AUGUCGAGCAGUUUGGCGUAUGCACAGUAUUACUAUGCAUUAGGGAACUACGACAAGGCCUUAGGAUUAGCAAAAGAGGGAUUGAGAUAUUUGAAUGGGCUGAUGGGGAGCGGUGCUGUGGAGAACCCCAAGCAGCGGAUGACCGCCGCCUUGAAGGUGUACGACAUGAUUGAAAAGCGCGAGCUGCUGGCCAAGGAAAAGUCAAUAGAGCUCGUAACCUCUAAAAUAGGCUCCAUUAUCGCGCUGCCGGAUUGGGCGUGGCAAUUGGAGUACCUGGGCAUUGCGGAUUUCCAAGAUGAAUAUGUCGACGAAAUGGAAUCGUGGGACAGCGACCUCAAAAUCCAAUGGGUUCCGUCAGAAUUUACGGCUAUGGAUGUCCCGAACGACGAGAUAGUUCAAAGUUCGCUUGGUGAUUGCUCGGUCGUGGCUGGUCUUAUUGCGAUGAAUUCUCACGGAACGUCACUAGCUUUAUGCCGCAUCUAUCCGCAAGUCAAUGGCACAGCUGUUUUAUCGCCAUCAGGCAAGUACCUGGUCUGUGUUACGACAAUGGCAACCACCAGAGUUGUUGAGAUCAGCGACAAGAGACCUGUAUCCCGAGGGUCUCGUCCGCUCCACCUGACCACAAGUAAAGGAUCGGCGUGGCCCUUUUUGCUUGAAAAGUCCUACAUGAAGCUAAUGGGCGGCUACACGUUCUCGGGAAGCCAUGCUGCGAUCGACGUGUAUCGGUUAAUUGGCUGGCUGCCAUUCACUACCAUUCUCACCAAUUGGGCAGCUGAAAAUCCUGGCAAAUCGCUGGCAGAUCUGUUUGGCAAGUGGAAGCAAGACUGGACUAAUGGCCAACUGAUUUUGUGUUUGGGAACUGGCCCUGAUGUUGUCGAGCCUCUAGUACCGAAUCACGAUUAUGCCAUUGUUAGCAUGGCCAAAGACAAAGCCAAGGUCGUUAAUCCAUGGGUUAGCGGCACUGGCAGUCGGUGGUAUACCUGGGAUGAAAUUUCCAGCUUGUUCAGCAUGCUCUAUUUGAAUUUUGACAAAUGCAAAUGGGCCCACAGGCACGUGGCACACGCGAUCAUGUCUGUCAACCGCCUCACUGAAAAAAAAUACGAUCUCGGUGCAUAUCCCCAGUAUACUGCGCACAAUGUGUCCGAUGAACCGGUCCCAGUUAUGGCUUAUGCAGGAGUUAAACGGGAUUUUGAUUUCAAAGGGUUUUUGAGUUUGCAGGCGUUUUCAUGUGACCACAAAGUUUACUCUCCUCAGAUGGCAGAGCUUUUGGGCAAGAGCACAGAAACAAAUACUCUGUAUACUGAUCUCAGUGUGAUUAUACCGCCCAAAAGUAGUGUUACGUUUGUUGUUCAUUCUAAAGAGCUCAAGGGAGAUAAGGAUCUGGCCGUGUUUGUGUUUGAGGCCUUGACCGAUAAACCAGUUCAUUUUCUCAAACCUGUUAAAAGUAUGGAAGCCUCCAUUGAGGGCAGCUGGGCUGUAGACCGGGCAUGUUCACUGACGGACGCUAGCUUGGGUGACAACUCUCAAUUUUACGUUGACCUUGACACACAUGCAUCCCAACUGGACAUUUACUAUAUUCCAAAAUGCGACAACAUUGCGUCUCUAUACAGUCAGCUUGCUGUUUUCUACGGAGAUCCUUCUUCGACCACGGCAAUUCCAGCACCGGACGUGUCCCGUGCUUUAGCGGUCAAUGCAGUGUAUAAUCGAUGCAGCACAAGCAUACGAUUGACACGCUUGUCUCCUGGUCGAUACAUUGUCAUUCCUGGGUUAUCGCAGCCCGCCAGUGGGGAUUACUCGCUAAUAGCUUCAUGUGAUGUGCCUGUUCGUAUUGGCAAAUCGUCACCAGUGCACUCUGGGCUGUUUGAACGACAAUACGUAUGCCGUGGCCCAGACGUCGAGGUACAAUUUUCCACACCGCAACCCUGCGAUAUACAUUUUCAAAUUGAUUCCGAAGUCGAAGCCCGACUCUGUGUUUACGACGCGCAGGGACAGCCAUUGGCCGCCAGCAACAACUCGGAAUUCAAAUGCGGGCGUUCGUUUUUGCAAAUAAACUCUAACCUCGGGUUUUGCAAAGUCGAGCACUCCCGCGGGCCCGACUUAGUCCUCCAAGCUUUCGCUACAUUUCCCGUGGACCUGAAAUCUGCUGACCAACCGUAA